AUGAAAUUCGAGAGAUCUCUCACCAGAUACGGCCACGGGAGUGGAUACACUUCCGUCUGCUAUGAGAUGGGUACUGACACAAUAAUCUCUUCCGGCGGCGAUGGAGAUAUCCACAUCUGGAAGGGCGUGGAGGAUGACGACCCAAUGACUGGAUGUGCCGGGGAAUUUAUAUCUUGCCUGGCUUUUUAUGACGAUCACAUUUUCGUGGGAACUGAAUUGAAUAUCGUCCAGAUUCUGACCAACAGAGAUUUCGACCGAGAUGGGACACAGUUCCGCUUUACGGCGCCGGCGACAGCCAUGCGGGUGACGGACAAGUAUGUGGCAGCGGGCUCGGAAGACACCACUAUCAAGGUGACGAUUAGGGAAGGUGCAGAGGAGGUGGAAUUGACUGGACAUUCGGGCCCAAUUUUGGCGCUGGAUGUGAGCCCUGAAGGUUUUCUGGCCUCCAGUUCAGGCGAUGGUAGUCUGAAGAUCUGGAAAAUAGCUGAUCAGAGUGUGGUGAAGACGAUAGAGGGAUUUCCGCUCGUGAAAACCGUUUCUCUGGCUGAGGGAUUCGUCACGCCUUCCUUCUAUCCAAAGUUCGGGAAGUACUUGGCUUAUCCGAAGGACAAAGAGAUCAUAGUGCUGGAAUCUACCAAUUGGACGCUCAAGCACACGCUGAAGAAUGAUAAGAUCUCAGGGAAGUUCUCAGUUUGCGCCUUUUCGCCCUGUGGAAAGUUUAUCUGUGCCGGAAGCACGACAGGAGAGAUCAGCGUGUGGGAAUUCAACACUCUGCAGAGUCUCAGAGGUCCAACGAAGGGAGAUGAGAGUGAUAUGAUUACCUCAAUUGACUGGUGCUCCAGUUCAGGGGAUCAGAUUGUCUUUGCCGACAAAGCUGGUCAAAUUGCGUGUAUCACGCUGAAAGACGAGGAGGGAAAGCGCUUGGCGGACGUAGCAGAGGACAGAGAAAACUUCCUCGAGAUGGAGGCCUUCGGGGAGUCUGAUUCGGAGUCGGAGGACAGCGAGGAAGAGGACAAUGAGAAUUGCAUCUCUCUGAAGCGCAUCAAAAAGGCUACAAUGAGGCCUCUUGAUGAUGUGGAGGCUGAAGAAGUGAAGAGUGACAUCGUCGAGCGGAAACCCGAGAUCAAUCUCUCUCAGCUACAGAAGGCUUUCCAGCCGGGAGCCACACCUGAUCACUUGGAGCACAGAUACAUGGCGUGGAACAGCGUGGGGAUCGUCAAGGCGCACAAGACGGAUGUGGAAAACUCCAUCGAAGUCGAGUUUCACGACGUGACUGUGCAUCAUGCGAUUCACAUGAAUAACUUCCUGGGACACAGCCUGGCGGGAGUGAGUGAGCGCGUGCUGGCUCUCUCUGGCUGCUCUCCAUGCAAAGUGGUGGGCAUCGCUUUGGGCGCCGGAAGUCGCGAGUGGUCAGUGAGCUUGCCGAACUGUGAAGAAGCUCUGGCACUCACAGCGUCCAAUAAUCUCGUUGCUGUGGCCACAGAUGAGCGACUGCUGAGGAUCUUCACGACUCUUGGCACGCAGCGAGAAGUGAUCUCAAUACCAGGAAAGCCCGUGACAUUGGCAAGUCAUGGCAAUCAUCUCAUGGUGGUUUAUCACACAACUUCCACAGCUCUGGAUGCCGAUCAGCAUCUCAGUGCAAUUCUAAUCAAUGCCCUGGGUCUUCAGUUGCGCUCUCGCGACGUCAGACUGUCGAUCUCGCCGAAGUCCCGUCUCACAUGGUUGGGAUUCACAGACGCAGGAUCUCCAGCAUCCUUCGACUCUGCCGGGAUGCUAAGGAUAUUUAGCAAGAGCGCCAAUCUCUGGUAUCCAGUGUGUGAUCUCAAGGAGCACACCAAAGGUGCUUCGGACACUUUCUACAUUGUUGAGGUGUCCGAGGAGAAGCAACUGGUCAGAACGAUUCUCUGCCGAGGACUUUCCUACCCACUGACAAGUCCACGUCCUGUAGUCAUGGAGAUCCCACUGCAAAUGCCCUUGUGUGAGAUUGAGGCAGAGAAAUCCACAUGGGAAGACGCUCUGGUGCGACAAGCUGCUUUUGCUGUGGAGAACCGCGAGAAAUUGAUGCGGGAGACUGCCAUUAAGCUCUUCGCACUAGCCUGCCGGAAUGAAAUGGAAGCGAGAGCCAGUGAUUUGAUCGAGAUGAUAGGAUGCCCACAAUUGGUGCCUUUGGCGGCAAAGUAUGCCAACAAACUAGGUAGAAUCCACUUGGCUGAGAAACUGGGACAAAUGCUGCCACAAAUUCAAGAACUUGAGCGUGAACGUGAGAAGGAGAAUCGCUCCUCUUCACCGGAUAUUGGGGAGACUCAGGACAUUCUCAGCCUCCCGCAACCCUUGGUUGUGAGAACUCCCGAUCCGAGUGUGGUUGUGGCGCCGAAACCCAUGUUGAAGAGCUCUGUGAAGCGAAAUCCUUUCCGAAAGGCUAACAUGUCUUCCCCUCUGACGCCCAGUGCGGAUCCUCUGAGUCACUUGACUGAGAAGAUUGUCGGAUUCACGCCAAAACCCAACAUUCAGAGUCCUCAGUCUGACACUGCUCCGAAGACUUUCAUGGCGUGGUUCACAGAAAAUCACGAUGAAUUGGCGACAGAAAUGCCCGAAGAACAUACACCAGCCCAGUUGACAUCCUUUGCGAUGAAGAGGUACAAAGGCCUGAUCCAGGGCGUGCCAGCAGCCAAAAGGAGACUCGAAGAUGAAGACAAGACGACAGCAAAGAAAGUGUGUUAAAUCACUGCAACUUUAUUCCAUUUUCGUCCACUUCAGCUUAACGCCUUUCGUUUCUCUGUCCUUUUUUCAUUUCAUUUUAUAUAAUAAACAUUUAAAUUCAAUAAUAUCUAUUUUUUAAAUAGAUUAUUUCACUAAUCGAUAGAUGGGGAGCAAGAAAUUUAUACUAGAUAAAGUGGAAGUGAGUUUCAUCAUUCUUUUCGCGAAAAUUAAUUGAGUAAAGAGGUUUUUACGCAUCCUCGAACCCCUCUUAGCAUGUGCCUCUCUUCAUCAUCUCUCUAUCAUUCAUUUCAUCUCUCUUAUUUCGUCUCUAUACGUUAAAAUAUGGCUCAUGGUAUAAAAAAAACAUAAAACUAUCAUCUAGGGGAAGAAAAUUAUAUGGAGACAAAAUAUAAAAAAUAAAAAAUAUACAUUAUGGAUUUCUCCCAAUCACUUUGCGACAGUUCAUCAAACGUAAACAGUGUCUUUGUACAUAAUAUCAUUUGUUAGUUACAUACUUAUUGGUUUUCAUCACUUAGUAUAGCUGUCUAAUAGGGAGGAAAUGACACAAAAGAUUGUAGGUAAAUAAAGGUAAAACAUAUACAAAAAUAGAUGUAAUAUCUAUUAGUGGAGCUAUUUUUCCAACGUCAAAUCAUUACAUAUAUUAGAUUCUAUUUCAAAAUAAAUCCUCUCUUUAGGUCAAAAUAAUUAACUAGGUCAGUAAAUCUAGUAAAAGCUAUAAUACUCAGGAAUUCAUUCGCAGCAUCGCAAUCCAAUUGAGUUGAUAGAGCAUUUUUCCGUUUCUUUUUGAUUGAAAUUCAAUGAUUUUUUUUUCUUCAUUUCUCUUUGACUAAACUCCCGCCCAAAAGAGUUCUGUUUUCUAUUCUUAAUUGCACACUACUUAAAUUUAAAUACUUAUUGUUGAUUAAGUACAAAACAUUUUCCUUCUUACACCCUCAAUUACUAAUAAAUAGUUCAUUAUAUUCUUACAA